GAGACUUAUCAACGCUCGUCUCAAGUUCAGCGUCCAUUUCAUGUUUGCUAGUCAAGCUGGUUUUCGUCACUUUAUCUUCCUCUGAGGAAGUAAAACAUCUUUUUUUUAAAACAUGAACUUGCUUUUCUUCUUUCUCCUGGCUGUGGAAAUACACAGCGUGGCGCCUGUCAUUCAUUCGCUAAAGUAUUUUCAAACUGGAUCCUCUCAAGUUCCAAACUUCCCAGAGUUUGUGGACGUUGGUUAUGUUGAUGAAGUUGAGAUUGUUCACUAUGACAGCAACAGCAGGAAAGUAGAACCCAAACAGGACUGGAUGAACAAAAUCACAGCAGAGGAUCCACACUACUGGCAGACACAGACAGAGAUCAUUGUUGGUAAUGAAGAGUUCAGCAAACACAACAUGGAAAUUUAUAAGAAGCUCUUCAACCAAACUGGAGGUGUUCACAUUGACCAGAGGAUGUUAGGCUGUGAAUGGAAUGAUGAGACUGAUGAGGUUGAUGGAUGGUACCAGUACAGUUAUGAUGGAGAAGACUUCAUAUCAUUGGACAUGAAGACAUGGACAUGGACCGCAGCAAAACCACAAGCUGUCCCCACCAAACACAAGUGGGACCAUAACAUAGCUAGGAUGGAUUAUCAGAAGUAUUACUUCACUGAGCUUUGUCCUUCUUACCUGAAGAAGCAUGUGAACAAUGGGAGGGAGGUCCUAAUGAGAACAGAGCUCCCAGAGGUGUCUCUCCUCCAGAAGACGCCGUCCUCUCCGGUCAGCUGCUUCGCCACAGGUUUCUACCCCGACAGAGCCAUGAUGUUUUGGAGGAAAGACGGCGAGGAGCUCCACGAGGACGUGGAGCACGGAGAGCUCCUCCCCAACCACGACGGAACCUUCCAGAUGGCGGUGGACCUGAAAGUGGAGGUGACGGCCGACGUGGAGGGCAAGUACGAAUGUGUGUUUCAGCUGUCUGGCGUCAAGGAGGACAUGGUCACCAAGCUGGAGAGAAGAAGCAUCCUGAGCAACGCGAGCCGUGAAGGCAACUUGAGCGUCGCCGUGGCUGUCACGCUGGCGCUCCUCGCUGUGGUCGCCGUCGUGGCAGCCAUCUUAAUCGUCAGGCGUAAUAAAAAGAGACAAGCCGAAUACGAUCCAGCUCCUCGUGACGGUGGUUCCGAGCUCUCGGAGAAGUCUGAAGGCAGUGGGGGCUGAAGGCUGAGUGAGACACAGCAGCCGGCACACAGAUGGUUUGUGUACCGGAACCCAGAGAGAUGUCUCCAUCACUGAGGGACAUCAUCAACGUUGGCUAUCACAUGGAGAUGUGAUUUAUUUUUUCUCCUUAUGUUAUAUGAUGUCUUCUUUGGGUGUUUAUGGCUUGGAAAACACGUUUUAUCAAAUCUUUUGUCCAGAUCGGUGGAUGAUAUUUUGUCAGUGAGUCAGGUUAUCACAUGUCUUCAUGGCCUUUCAAUACAUUUUAUUCCAAGGUGUUUACACGUCAAACAUAUUUUUUUGUGGGUAACGAGAGGCUCAGGUGGAGACAAAUUAGUUUUCUUAGUUUAUUUGCAUUAUUGUGUAAUUGUCAUGGAUUAACAAACCUUUUAAUAUCAAAGCUAUAGCGGGUGAAAAGAUGUGCUAUGCUACUUUUAAAUUACCGUAAGUCUCCAACUAUCAAAAUAAUAAUUGCAAUGACGGCGUUUUUCCAGUGACGGGUUAUUACGGUAAUCACAGGGACUGUGGAAGACGAGGCUUUGAUACAAAGCAGUGUGACGGAGAAGGACAGAAGAAGGCUUUCUAUGACAAAGUGCUGCAAAAAUGAUAAUUUAUCAGACAUUUGUUUUUGUUUUUACCGUUAGUUUUUGGAUCGUCCUGUAUUGUCGCGUGUUUGCUGUGUUUUUUCUUGAUUAAGAAACAUGUCAAGGAGGUGGUCUGUGAAGUAACCAGGGCAGGACGUUCACAUACUUUUGAUAUUCAAUGUUUUAUCAUUCAUAGUUCAUAUUGUACAUCCCAAAUCCUUUGUUCAUAUACAUUGUGGGUGUCUUUGUCAGUCAAUACCUGUCAAAUGAAAUAGUCUUUUUUUCAGAUGGUCUGUCUUUAUACACGUUAUAUAAGAGUUUUGGCAUGCAGUAAUGCCAACCAGAUCUCUAAAGUGGAUGUGAAAAAGAGACACAAGCACAUACAGCAGAUUGGAGGACACUUUAACAGCAAAAUAAACUGUCUAAAUGAUCA